GUCAACAGCAAGUGGGAGUAGUGCAAGAGCCCAGUCAACAACCCCAUCACGGUUUAAGUAGACCAACUGAAUGUAACCCUACUGGUACUCAGUAGAAGCGUUCAAGCCCGGUAAAGUACAGAAUGCGAAAUACACACAUGAUGGUCACUUGGCACUUCUAAAAUUGUCUAUGUUGAUCCACAUAGCACGUUGCCACAGCUCCUCUUGAAUGUGCAUUUAAAAAGCUGCUCUAAUGUCAAAAGUUCCUAGCAAAGUAAAAUUGUUCUUGACAGUUUUGUAGUUACACAACUCAGAAUGACACAAGCAUAAAACUUCAUCAUAUUGUGCAGAUGUGUGGGACUUCGCUGUGGUGUUGUUGAUGGACAUCCUUAGUUGUCAUGCAUUUAAAGAUGACACCCCAUCCUUUUUCUCUAGAUCUGUGAACUUUAAUCAUCAUGCCUACACUACAGAUAAUUCUGGCUGGUAGAAGAAUGGCUCUGUGACCAGCAACUUAAACCGUUUGUGUAUCUACCUGGGUUGGGUGCAUCUGUAAAGCAUAUUAAUAAGUUUGAACAAGAAAAACAAUUUUUCUUUAUAAUUUAAACCAACUUUUCCAUUGAGGCUCAAACGUCACUUAACACUUUUGAACCCAAGAGAACAGGUACAGUACAUUCAAUUAGUCAGCUCGUAUACCACUAAAAAUCCCAAUGGGCUAAAAACAUGCUUUGGUUUGUAUGUGGGCUUGAGUGUGUAGUGGUUGACUUACCCCUCCAAGGAUGACUUUUUUAUGUCUGUUAACCUUUGACAUAGGAAACGACUUCUUGUUAGUGGUUGUUGUUUUUGGCGUACUUUAUUUACUACCUUAGUUAAAGUGAGGUUUGUGUCCAAUUGCAAUUUUUCUGAUAGCUUAGAGGCCAAAGCUGCUAAAGCCCAUGGAAAGCCUGGUUCCAAAAGUGGUCUUUGAUUGGAGGGAGGCCUGUAUGUAUAAGUUGGGGCCGAAGUGAGCAAAUUUUCAGGACAUGACCCACUAAGAUGCCUGAAAAUGACACUUAAAAAUAUUUAUAGGGGGAAACUAAAACA